AUGUCUUCAUCUUCCCCUCUCAAAGUCGGCGUUGUCGGUCUCUCCACGAAGGGAUGGGCAUCCGUCGCUCUUGGUCCUUCCCUCGUCCAACCCUCACUACGCGACAAGUACUCGCUCGUCGCCGUAUCCACCACCUCCGAAGCCUCAGCCGCAGCGUCAGCCAGAAAAUGGUCUGAUGAAACCGGGAACGAAGUCAAAGCAUACCACGGUGACGUUUCUAACCUCCUGAGUGGGGAGAAAGAUCUCGACUUGGUGGUUGUUUCUGUGAAGGCCGCGUACCACAAAGACGCGCUUCUCCCGGCUAUCAGGGCGAAGAAGGAUGUCUUUGUGGAAUGGCCUGCUGGGAAGAAUGCGGCGGAGACGCGGGAGCUAGCAGCUGAGGCGAAUAAGGCUGGAGUGAAGGCGCUCGUUGGGCUUCAAGGUCGUCAGUCCCCGGUUCUCGCCAAGGUCAAGGAAAUCAUCGAUAGUGGAAAGAUUGGAAAGGUUCUUUCCAGCAACAUCAUAAGCACUAUUCCCGCCGAACUACAAGCUUGGGGACCGAUGACGAAAGCUGGUAAUCAGAGGUUUCUCGAGAAGGAGCUCGGGACAACCGCACUCAGCAUCGUCGUCGGACACCAGCUCGACGCUGUAGACCGUGUUCUAGGAAAAUUCGUUUCGGUCAGUGCGACUGGGACAACUCACUACCCAACCACAAGUCUAGUCGACGAUGAGACCGGCGAGCCCACUGGCGAGGUCCUCCCCGCACCAGGAAACGACCAUUUCUCUAUUACAGCAACCCUUGAAUCCGGCUCUCUCUUCACCUCGUUCUUCAGAACUAUCAAAGCUUCGACUCCUGGUCGACUGAUCUUCCUCUGGGAGAUCGACGGCGAGGAAGGCUCGAUCAAGAUGUCCGCCUCUCCUAACAACAUCAAUGGCUCGUUCUUCACUUUAGGUGAUCCAGAAUUGUAUGUCAAUGGGGAGAAGGUCGAAGUUGAAGGAGCUCAGCAAGGCCCCAUUGGGUCCUUGGUGAGGAAUUGGGAGGAGUUUGCGAAAGGAGAGAAAGGCAGCUAUGCGACGCUGGAAGAUGCGGUUAGGAUCAAGGACUAUCUGGAUGCGGUUGAGACGAGUUUGGAAACCGGAGUACGCAUUUCGGUUCGAGCCUAA